AUGUCUGGUUGUCAUAAUGGUGUUCAAAUGAAGUUCUUAGUAGACUCAAUCGGAAGAAAAAAUGUAGUAUUAUUUGAUUUUUUUGGUACAGUACAACUAAUUUAUUCUUUCUUAGAAGGGUCUUGUACAAGGCAUGCUGUAUUAGAAAAAUUUGCAACCAAAAUUAAUAUAAAACUAUGCUCACUUAAAUCCUUGUCGACAACUAGAUGGGCAUGCAGACAUGAAGCUGUAUCAGCUGUCAAGUCCAAUUAUUCUGCUUUAAUACUUGCUCUCGAAGAAAUAUAUAAAGAGACAACUGUAUCAGAAGCUAGAGCUAAAACUCGUGUUACAUUAAUGCAAAUGAAAUCAUUUGAUUUUAUUUUUUCAUUAAAUAUGAUGCACUCAAUUCUUAUGAUAAUUGUGAAAGAAACAUUAGGUAUUAUUUCAGCAGUAGGUAAUACUCUUCAACUAAUUCCUACAGAGAAUGAUAUACAAUUACUUCAAGAAAAACUUAAAGUAAAUUCUGAUUGUUUUAAAACAGAAAUCAAAUUACUAAAAGAACUUCCAGGUACUCCUGAAAAGACUUCUUCUUAA